CCUCGCACAGCCUCAUAUGGACUCGAGACUUCAGCAUCGCAUCAGCACUCUUUCAAUAGUUCAGUUCAGGAAAGACGAAAGCGUAACUACUUUGAUCAUUUGGAUCAAAACGCCAAGCAUCUCUCUCUGAAAGGAUCUUGUAUAUAAAGCAGUAAAAGUAGCCGCUGCGGUUUAAGGAGUACACAGACGAGCGCGAUCCACGAUUUCUUUGCAAAAGACUUCCCAGAGAGGAAUAAUGAGGAACAUUUGGAUAUUCCUGACACUUUCAGCAGCUGUAUGCUUUUCCAGCAACAGGGUACUGGUGUCAGGUCAAUCUCUUGCCUCAGCUGAUGACCUCUAUCUGGACGACCAACAGUCUGGUGACUUCCCUUUAGACGAUGAUGACUUCACCUCUGGUUCAGGAUCUGGUUUCAGUAAAACAGACGGUGAAGAUACAUCCACAAUAAAUGUGCGAUACCCAGAAUUCGAAGCCGAAUCCACUCUGGAGAUUGUCUACACCAGCAGCCCCAGUUUGGAGUCCUCAACUUCCAGAGAGACGGACCAAAUCAGCGUAGAGACAGUCUUGGACUCGGAUCCGGAAACAGAGAUCUUUGGCUAUCGGACAGAAAAGCCCCGGGUUACUGUUGAGGCCACCAGCUCAUCAAGUGUUGUACAAGAUGCUGACCCUCUUCAUGAGGUUCGCACAGAAAAUCUAUUCCAGAGGACAGAAGUGCUGGCGGCCGUUAUAGCCGGUGGAGUGAUUGGCUUCCUGUUUGCCAUCUUCCUUAUCCUCCUCCUGGUGUACCGUAUGAGAAAGAAGGAUGAGGGCAGCUAUGAUCUUGGAGAGCGUAAGCCACCUAGCUCAGCCUAUCAGAAGGCUCCAAGCAAAGAGUUCUAUGCCUGAAUGACCAAUCAUUGCCAAGAGUAAUGUCGUUAUGACAACCAUCUCCUCUCCAAGAAUAACCUGGCUCAGCCUUGAGGAGAUUUUUUUUUUUUUUUUUUUUUUUUUUUUUACACAGGGAACAUCUACUUAUUUAAAAAUGUAACAACAAAAACAAAUGAUAAUUUUGAUUUACAAAGCAUACUAGGGCUUGUACUUUUGUUUUGGGAUCAAAAAAAAAAAAAAAGAAAAGAAAAAAACCCAUUUCUUUACGGUUUUUGACAUUUUUUUUUUUUUUUAAAGAAAAGUAUGAAAGCAACUUCACACAGCUAGAUUGACUACUUUGUAACAGUAGAGGUACAUUUUUAUUAAAGAACAAGUCAAUUCAGAGGGGGUAAUUACCCAUAAUUGUGGGUUAUAAGUGUGCUUUAUCUGAUACCUUUAAUUUUUCACUGAUUACAUUUAUGUAAAUUAUGAUCUCAAUGUGGACUUUAUCAAUAAUUUGGUUUCAUCUCAGCUUAUAUUGUAAAGGGUACAUGUAUGUUUGCAUUUUUGUCUGGCCAUAAUCAAAGCCUUUAAAGAUCACAGCAUUUUGCGGAAUGCUUCGAUGUAUUUUGUUACAUUGAAUUUUCUGUAUUACAGUGUUAAAGUCCCUGAAAGUUUAAAUUCUACUUUGCCUGAAGCCAAGAACACAUUCCACCAUGCGUGUACUUUUCAUUUCCUUCUCCUCUUUCUCUGUCUGUCUUGUCACAAGCGCUUAUGCAGGGUAAAGUCUCUUAGAAAAAUCAGUUCUUAAUUGUUUCAUCAAAGUCUGCGACACCACUAUCUCUUAAGUGCUCUCCAUUCAUGGCAUCCUCAAAUACUGCAAUGACUUUACCGAUAUAUAUAGUUUGAAUUGCACAGAAACUUUUCAAGUACAUUAACUUUGUGUUUUCUUUUGUGUUUCCCCACAAAACCCAGUUCUAGAGGGGAAAAAAAUAUUUUAUUAUGAAUACAAUACGGAAUAUUUUCAGAUAAAGGCAGUCUUCACUGUAAACAAAUUUAAUGAGUAUGUUUAACAGUAUCUUCCAUUAAAUUCACACACUUUUAAAGCAACAAGGUUUACAUUUGAUCAGAUUGCAUGUUUCCUAGGAAUCGAACCGAUGAAUUUGGCAGUUGCCUGAGCCCUGGUCUACCAAUUGAGCUCCAUGACAAGUUAAUGACAUUUAUCCAGUAAAUGUCAACAGUAUUAGUCACACAUUACAGUCCUACUCCCACAUUGUUACUAAUUGACACAUUUUCAGCAUUCACUGUUGACUAAUUUUCUUUCAUAAUAUUAACCCUCAUGUGGAAAAGCUUUUAAAAUGACUUUACUUACUGUAUGGUUCUGACUCUAGCAUACUCUGCUGAAUGUCUCUGACCUUCCAAAGACUCAAACAGUGUUGUUAACAAUGACGGUGAUUAAUAGUGAGGAUCACAUUUGCUUAAUUUACUCCCUCCUACAUGUGCAUUUACAUUAUGUUUCUUUUUAAGACCUGACCAUUUAGAGUCAAUGACGUAUCUGUAUAAGUUAAUAUACGAUAAUUUAUAGAAUAUAAUUAUUUAUAUACUACAUAUUAUAUGUAAUAUGUUAGUUAAAAAAAAAAAAUCUAUGAAAAUGUAUAUUCACAAAUGUUUUAGAAGCCCUUGAAGUGCCUACUGUCCUGAAACAGAUCUACAGGGAUUUGAGGACAUUUCUGCAUCAGAGAAUGAUGUUAAACGCUGGAACUGGAGAAAUGUGAUGAAUGGUAAUGUUACAGAAUUACAGAAAGAGUAUUGUAUUUCAUAAAAAACACUACUGAAUAAACAUUUUCUAAUGGUAUUUUCA